GCGCCACAAACCAGGCGGACAAACUCUGAAGGACAUCCUCUGCCUGUGCUCCGAGCUGCCUCGGGAUCAUCCACCGCCUCUCUGCUGGACCCCCUCCAACGAGACAGGUCAGAGGAUGGGAGGAAUCAUCCUGAUUAUCUUCACUGUCUCCAUCUGGCCCACGAACCUUGGAUAUAAAUGCGAGAACAAAGAUCUGAAGUGCGCAGUGGAUUAUGUCAGGGAGAUGACAUGCUGCUGGUCACAAAACAUUUCCCAGAGCAACGCGUGCCAAGUCUGGGUGGAUAAUUCGAGGCCUAACACGAAACCUUAUCCAAUUAAGUGUGCCCCGGUAAAUGGACUGAAGCAGGGCAGGAGUUGUUCUCUCAAUGUGCCUUACUUCAUAGCGUUUCAAGCCUUCAACGUCACGCUGCUAUGCACCAGGAACGGGCUGACCACUGCCGUUGCAAGCAUUCCCGAGUUUGUACCAGCGGAAAAUAUUCAGCUCCAGCCACCGAAGAACUUGACUGUGGCAAACAACACCGACACGAUGACAGUCCUCUCCUGGCAGACUGACUACGAUAUACGUUUAUCUGACCACAUAGAAUUUGAGAUUCGGUACAAACUUGAGAAUGACCAAUGGAAGACUGCUCAGGCACAUCAGGUUCAGCAAAAAGAACACAGGCUACAGAUUGACUCGACCAACGUAAAACCUGACGCCAUCUAUACGGCACAAAUUCGUGCGAAAAUUAACGACCGUCGGGAGUACUACAGAGGCACUUGGAGCAAAUGGAGCAAAGCGGCGAAAUGGAAAACCAAGAAAUCCCAAGCUUCUGCUGUUGAACAGGAAAACAGUGUCUUAUCAAUCACUCUCUCGUUGGUCGGGAUCCUGUUAGUGGUUGUCGUUCUGGUCAUUAUGCAGUUUGCAUCGAAGAGAUCACGACUGAAGGCACUCUACGGGCUCCCCAUUCCAGAUCCAAGCAAAUUCUUUUAUGAGCUGAACUCGACCUACGGAGGCAACUUUCAGCGGUGGCUGGGGACGCGAUUCCCCGCUUCCUUCAGCAGCACCGAGGAUCUGGCCACGGAAAUAUCCUCGGUGGAGAUUUCGGAACUGAAGGACACGCAGUCGUGCGAGCAGAACGUCGCCUGGGACAGCAGCGGCUUCAGGAGCACCGGCGACUCGUCCACGUCCAGCUUUGCCAACCAGGGCUACUUCUUGUUCGACUGCUCCAAGGCCAGCGACGCGUACCCUUGCAAGAUCUACUUCAGCAACAAGCCGGCCAGCCGGCGGGAGGGGAGCGAGGGAAGCCGCUCCUACCGCUGCCUCACCUCCUCCGACGACUCGCUCUACGACAGCAGCUUCUCGCCGGACUCUCCCACGGGGAAGAAGGGGUUCGACUUGGACGGGGAAGACCCAGGGCCCCACGACGCUGGAGAAACCUCAGCGGAGGAAAUAGACGGACCACCAAGAGAACAUGGGGGUCCAGCAGGUCUACCGUACCCUGGUAAUCCAGCAAGCCAGGUCAACCCAUCAAAGGAGACCAAUUGUCCUUUCGAGGGGCUGUUCCAAUUCCCAUCCCCUUGUUUCUUUGGCCCCCACCCCCCAUUGGCGGGCGUGGAGGAUGAAGAUGCCCACAGACUCGCAUCUGAUGGCUUAACCUUCGAGAAGGCUCCAACGGACACUCCCUCUUCUCAGGACCCUUUCACUCAGCAAAGCCCCAGCGUUUACAAGACCAAGUCUCUGAACCUGGCGGUGGAAACUGACCCGUAUCUCUCUCUCAAGCAAGUUCACAGCAAAUACAAUAGCCAGUCGAUAUAGAGUCAUGGAGUGAUGAUACAGCACGGAAACAGGCCCUUCGGCCCAACUUGCCCACACUGGCCAACAUGUCCCGGCUACGC